GAUCAGCUGAUCAGCUUUGACGACGCCAAUGCGCUGUUAUAGAGCCUAUAGCGCGGUGCCCGCCCGCCUCCCCAGUGCGCCCAGCCUCACCGGGUCUCGGUUCAGGGUCAACGACACGGGCGGAGGCCAAAUGUAGCCGCCGGAGAGGAGCGACGAGAUGAGAGAGCGAGAGCUGCGCCGGCCAGUCCGGUCCGAUAGGUCAGUGAGGAGACGACUGGAGAGUUGGUGGUGUGGUGUUCUUAGGAGUGGUGUGAGGAGAGAGGAGAGAAGAACGGAACAUGGGAUGGAAGUGAUUUAGGACGGAAGUGAUUCGAUGGAACCGUGAUUGAAUACGGGAAACUGGUUGUGUGCGGUGGUUGCAAUGCAUGGCAGUUUAUUGAGCCCGGUUCUGGUGACGCUGUGAUGUAGUGUGAUUUCGAAGUAACUACGCUCUACGCUAUUUUUGGUCAGAAGAGAUGUGUGGAGUGUUCCUAAACACUAUCGUAUUACUUAUAUAUCCUCGUAUUACUUACUGAUGGCAUACACUUGAUCAACUUUCAACAGCAUAGGUCAAAGGAUAGCCGUUGUCAUCAAAGCAUUCUGAACUUCUCAGCGAAAACACCAAAAGACUCGGAAUACUCGGAAUGAAACGAUUCCAGAGAUUCAGCGACAGGGAAGAAGCGGGACUGAAAGUAUCCCGAUCAAUGACGUUUCCAAACUUCCAGUAAAUAUCGGAUAACAACCAGCAGGCAGCAAACGAAUAAAGAGCGCACGAGCCAUGAGACGGCUGAGAUGGACUAGAUCCAGUCGCUGUUGGCGAGAUCUUCCGAACUUGCUUUUGGUUGUCGGCGCUGCAAGUUUGAUAUUAUUGGCAUGCUUAUCGUCCAUACCAGACUACUCAAAAAGUCGCAAUCUUGUUGCCCACCGCAGUCCACCUACGAAGUCUCGCAGUCCACCGACGUUCUCCAGCAGUCCACCGACGUUCUCCAUCAGUCCACUGUCAGUCUCCAGUCUGGUGCGCCACCCGAGUCGACCGCUGACCACCGCCGAGACGUCAGACUGUCUGCGGCGGCGCGGCGCAGCUCUGGGCCGCAGCACGCGCAUCACUUUCAUCGGCAACUCGCGCGCCAGGCAGGUGUUCGAGACGCUGGCGGGUCAGCGGCGGCUGCGGCUGCUGACGCGCGCCCAGACCGCCGGACGGACACCGUUCCUGGACGAGCCGCUGCUGCCCGACUGGCACCACUUCGCCGACCCGAACUCCACCUGUGUGGGCGUGUGGCCCAAGGGCCGGCCCAAGGGCGAGCCGGCGCGCGCCUGGUGCUCUCAGCUCGCCGUCGGAGAUGGCCUGGAGCUCGAGUUCCGCUGGCGGAACGCCAUGUUCCGGUUCCUGGACGUCCUGCGCCGACUGGAACGGGGCUGUGCGCGCGGUCUGCCCUGCCCCGACUUUAUCGUCAUCAACCAGGGCCUGCAUUUUGUGGUAAAUGGUCGGUUCGGCCGACUGAUGCCGAUUUUCCGCGAGUACCUGGAGGACUGUGUGCCGUAUCUGCGCCGGCUCACCGCCCGCCGAGUGAAGGUGCUCUGGAUGCUGGAGCACGCGGGUAACCCGAGAAUCGGUCCGGAGAGCUACAACGACGACCUGACGGUGCUGAACGCCCUGCUGGCGGACCUGUUUACCAGGAGGUUGCGGUUGCCCGGGCUCCACGUGUGGACGUCAGAGGCGAGUGCGGUGGCGCGCUUUUGGUCGCGCGAGUGCUUCUGGCGGCUGCCGGAGCUCAGUCCGGAGGACCGUCAUGUGUGCAUGCAGGAGAGGUACCACGUGAACAAUGGGACGCUGGAGGUGAUGGCACAGCAGCUCAUCAACUUUGUAUGUGAUAGUGACGACUAUAACUGAUUGAUGUCAUGUUUGUGACGUGCGUUGAAGGAUCUGAUCAUAGAAGGGUCUGUGGAACAUGAGACAAUCGGUAAAUGUGUCUUCUUUGUUUUAGAAAUUAGCACAGGGCCCACUCAACUUGCUGAUGAUAUUGAAAACAUGAAAAUUGAAAUACUUACAAAUGGUGUCAACUGUCAUUUCAAUAAAGUCAUACACCAUGAUGCUUACGUGAUAACUGAA